UCCGCCCGAGAGGAUGAAUUAAUACUAAAGGAGAAAGAGUUCCGGCUCAAAUCUCGAACGCUCGAACAACAACUCGCAACUGCAUCCCAGAAGGAGAGAGAAGCCGCUGCCUUGCUCCAAGAAUGCAAAGAACGGUUGGCAAAAAGCACCCUAAGGCAGCUCGAAGAUUAUUUUACGUGCCCUUUGUGUUUUGAGAUCAUGGCUUGCCCGUAUAGUUUGAACCCACGACAGUGCGGGCAUACCUUCUGCGCCACUUGCAUUCUGAAAUGGUUCUUCUCCCGAUUGCAUCGCGUUUGUGGAAGCUGGCAUGAGCCCGUGGAUUGUCCAAUGUGCAGGAGCGCUUUAUUUUACACCCCCGAUAACGUUCCGCGCCCAGAAUUCUCGUUCCCUUUCACACCCAACAGAGCGGCUGAUAACGCGAUCCACGGCAUGAUCAGCACUUUCUCCAAGGAGGCUGACUCUGGAAAUAUCUCGCCAUCUAGCUCACUUGCUGACUGGGGAGAAGAUGGUCACGCGAGACAAGAAUGGUGUCGAAAAGAAAGAGUUGGACGCCAUGAGAUGACAACUCUCGCUGCAUCGUGGACAAACAUGCAUGGAGAUGAAUUCGUUAACAUCAAAAACAGACUUGAAGUAUUACAUUCAUAG